AUGCAGCCAACCGCUAGCACUGGGCACCAAGCCGAUAUUGCUGUCGCAGAUCCAUCAGCAUUAUUAACGUCCUCGUCUGCGAACUCCGGCCUCUCAUCGUGGCCCGAGCUUAAGCAGCUUAACGCUGCUGUGACCGUAACACCCUUGGAAAGUGACACAUACAUACGCAACCGAAAGCGUCAGCGACCAUCGGAUCCGACAUCUCCCACCGCUGCUUCUUUCACCACACCAGAGGACCUCAAGCUCGACUUUUCUGGCUUCGAGAUCGGCUUUAACGCUGCAUCCACAGUGAUGUCGUCGACCCCAUUGUCCUUCGCUAGCACCACGUCGGCUGUAACUUAUCCUCUGGUGUCAAGCUGCUGUUCUCUCGCUGGUUCUUCCGACAAUGUGCUCGUCUUCCUCAAAGCUCUUCAGCUUGCACAAGACUCGGCAGCACUAUCAGUGGCCACGCAGCGCCUCGCGCAAGACGGUUUUGACUCGUUGCUCGCACUGGCCUUCGCGUCUGUGAACGAUCUGCAACGCGCUGGCAUCGCGGACGCUCAGUUUGUCUGGCAACAAGUACACCGCCAUUUUCAAAAUCGAAGUUUUCAAACCCCAGUCACGCUAUCACCCGCUUACACGGUAUCGCGAUGGUUGGAACUGUGUGGUAUCCCAAAGUCGCACAUCUAUGAGUAUGCGGAACAUUUGUGCCGUUUAGGCUACUCAAGCGUGCGUGAUUUUGAAUUCAUCGCGCACGAUCAACGUGCACUUGCUGUAUUUAAGACUGGACACAGCCACCUAGUCGUGCACUCCGUUCAGGUGGCCAUUAGCCAGCAGCAGCCUAUUAUCAAUCACCAAUACAGCACACAAGGCUUCAAUGUAUAUAAUGCUGGAUCGACGAGUGCACUACUGCAACCAGUGGACAUUAUUCGCGAGAACGAGUUGGACGUGCAGGUUUAUGACAGUUUUUUGGAAGCUUUGAUCGAGCCGACAGAAGCUGAAAAAUUUCAGCAGGAGAGCUAUACACCCCAUAAUGCGUUGCCACUCGAUCGCGAAAAUGACGCAAACUAUGUCAACCUUAAUGAUUCCACUGAUGUGUUCGCCAACCACUUGGGCUUUAGUACAACGCCAUCGCCUGUACCAUCUGACAUGUCACUACGACAGCUUCAACAGGAGCAUCUGCAGCUGCUGUACGAGGCUGUAAAUCUGCCUCGCCCAAACCCUUGCCGUCGAGGCAAAAAAAUUUAUUGGUCGGUCCUUGCCACAGGUGGCACUAAGAUAGAUCGAUUCACUCCUUUGACCCAAUUUACGGCUGCUGAGCUUCAAAACGCAUACCUGCGUCAGUUCGAGGUGCCUGCUACCAACUCUAUGAAAAUAGAUGCCUGGAGUGAUGAAAAUAUUCGACAGCUUGAGCACGCAGUCAAGGAUCCUCGUUGUCGUCACUUGUCAAAGGUGUGUUGGGAGAUGCUAGCCACGGGUCGGACGGGCGUCGACGACUACGCUCCACUGGCUAAGUUUACUGCGUCGCAAUUACGUUCACGGUUUCGCUCGCUAUUCGGUGACAAGCGCCCACAAAAAUUACGCCAAAAGAAGCAGAUGCAAAAGCUACAGCAUCAACAACAAAAGGAGCUAUCGGGUAGCGUAACGCUGUAA